GGGCGUGGCCGCUGGCAGAUGCGGGGUGCCGUGGCGACGUACGUUCUGUAGCUGCUUUGAUGGCUAGUCCGGGAGUUAGGAGGGCCGAAGGCCAGGGGUGUGGCCGUUGGAGACGGGAGGCCGAGGGGAGAACCUUCCUUCUUCCCCGCCUGGCGUCCUUCCCGGAGAGGCUGAGACGUGUCCACUGAGCCCCAAGGAGGAGGAUUCCCCCAAAGCUUUGCUCGUCGGUGCACAUUAAAGAUCCAGAACCAUGACUGACUCCAAGUACUUCACAACCAAUAAAAAAGGAGAAAUCUUUGAAUUAAAAGCUGAGCUCAACAAUGAAAAGAAAGAAAAGAGGAAGGAGGCUGUGAAGAAAGUGAUUGCUGCUAUGACUGUGGGAAAGGAUGUUAGCUCGCUCUUUCCAGAUGUAGUGAACUGUAUGCAGACUGACAACCUGGAACUAAAGAAACUCGUGUAUCUCUACUUGAUGAACUAUGCCAAGAGUCAGCCAGACAUGGCCAUCAUGGCUGUCAACAGCUUUGUGAAGGACUGUGAAGAUCCCAAUCCAUUGAUUCGAGCCUUGGCAGUCAGAACCAUGGGCUGCAUCCGGGUGGACAAGAUUACAGAAUAUCUCUGUGAGCCCCUCCGCAAGUGCUUGAAGGAUGAAGACCCCUAUGUUAGGAAAACUGCUGCAGUCUGCGUGGCAAAGCUCCAUGAUAUCAAUGCCCAAAUGGUGGAAGAUCAGGGAUUCCUGGAUUCUCUGAGAGAUCUCAUAGCAGAUUCAAAUCCAAUGGUGGUGGCUAAUGCUGUAGCAGCAUUGUCGGAAAUCAGCGAGUCUCACCCAAACAGCAAUCUGCUUGAUCUGAACCCACAGAACAUUAAUAAGCUGCUAACAGCCCUGAAUGAGUGCACUGAGUGGGGCCAGAUUUUCAUCCUCGACUGCCUAUCUAACUACAACCCUAAAGACGACCGGGAGGCUCAGAGCAUCUGUGAGCGGGUAACUCCCCGGCUAUCCCAUGCCAACUCAGCAGUGGUGCUCUCAGCAGUAAAAGUCCUAAUGAAAUUUCUAGAGUUGUUACCUAAGGACUCUGACUACUACAAUAUGCUGCUGAAGAAGUUAGCCCCUCCACUUGUCACUUUGCUGUCUGGGGAGCCAGAGGUGCAGUACGUCGCCUUGAGGAACAUCAACCUAAUUGUCCAGAAAAGGCCUGAAAUCUUGAAGCAGGAAAUCAAAGUCUUCUUUGUGAAGUACAACGAUCCCAUCUAUGUUAAACUGGAGAAGUUGGACAUCAUGAUUCGUUUGGCAUCCCAAGCCAACAUUGCACAGGUUCUGGCAGAACUGAAGGAAUAUGCCACAGAGGUGGAUGUUGACUUUGUUCGCAAAGCUGUGCGAGCCAUUGGACGGUGUGCCAUCAAGGUGGAGCAAUCUGCAGAGCGCUGUGUAAGCACAUUGCUUGAUCUCAUCCAGACGAAAGUAAAUUAUGUGGUCCAAGAGGCAAUUGUUGUCAUCCGGGACAUCUUCCGAAAGUAUCCCAAUAAGUAUGAAAGUAUCAUUGCUACUCUGUGUGAGAACUUAGACUCGCUCGAUGAGCCAGAUGCUCGAGCAGCUAUGAUUUGGAUCGUGGGAGAAUAUGCUGAAAGAAUUGACAAUGCAGAUGAGUUACUAGAGAGCUUCCUAGAGGGUUUUCACGAUGAAAGCACCCAGGUGCAGCUCACUCUGCUUACUGCCAUAGUGAAGCUGUUUCUAAAGAAACCAUCAGAAACACAGGAGCUGGUCCAGCAGGUCUUGAGUUUGGCAACCCAGGAUUCUGAUAACCCUGACCUUCGAGACCGAGGCUAUAUUUACUGGCGCCUUCUCUCAACGGACCCUGUCACAGCCAAAGAAGUAGUCUUGUCUGAGAAGCCACUGAUCUCUGAGGAAACAGACCUUAUUGAGCCAACUCUGCUGGACGAACUAAUCUGCCACAUUGGUUCUUUGGCCUCUGUGUACCAUAAGCCUCCCAAUGCUUUUGUAGAAGGAAGUCAUGGAAUCCAUCGCAAACACUUGCCAAUUCAUCAUGGGAGCACUGAUGCGGGUGACAGCCCUGUUGGCACCACCACCGCAACCAACCUGGAACAGCCUCAGGUUAUACCCUCUCAAGGUGACCUUCUAGGGGACCUUUUGAACCUUGACCUUGGUCCCCCGGUCAAUGUGCCACAGGUAUCAUCCAUGCAGAUGGGAGCAGUGGAUCUCUUGGGAGGAGGACUAGAUAGUCUGCUUGGCAGUGACCUUGGCGGGGGCAUUGGAGGAAGUCCGGCAGUUGGGCAGUCCUUCAUCCCAUCAUCGGUGCCUGCAACAUUUGCUCCUUCACCUACUCCUGCUGUGGUCAGCAGUGGUCUGAAUGACCUUUUUGAACUCUCCACAGGCAUAGGCAUGGCACCUGGUGGAUAUGUGGCUCCUAAGGCUGUCUGGCUGCCUGCAGUAAAGGCUAAAGGCUUAGAGAUUUCAGGAACAUUCACUCACCGCCAAGGACACAUCUAUAUGGAAAUGAACUUCACCAAUAAAGCUCUGCAGCACAUGACAGACUUUGCCAUCCAGUUUAACAAGAAUAGCUUUGGUGUCAUCCCCAGUACUCCUUUGGCCAUCCAUACACCUCUGAUGCCAAACCAGAGCAUUGAUGUCUCCCUGCCUCUCAACACCUUAGGCCCAGUCAUGAAGAUGGAACCUUUGAAUAACCUGCAGGUGGCUGUGAAAAACAAUAUUGAUGUCUUCUAUUUCAGCUGCCUCAUCCCACUCAAUGUGCUUUUUGUAGAAGAUGGCAAAAUGGAGCGCCAGGUCUUCCUUGCAACCUGGAAGGAUAUUCCCAAUGAAAAUGAACUUCAAUUUCAGAUUAAGGAAUGUCAUUUAAAUGCUGACACUGUUUCCAGCAAAUUGCAAAACAACAAUGUUUAUACUAUUGCCAAGAGGAAUGUGGAAGGGCAGGACAUGCUGUACCAAUCCCUGAAGCUCACUAAUGGCAUUUGGAUUUUGGCAGAGCUACGUAUCCAGCCGGGAAACCCCAAUUAUACGCUGUCACUGAAGUGUAGAGCUCCUGAAGUCUCUCAGUACAUCUAUCAGGUUUAUGACAGCAUUUUGAAAAACUAAUGGACUGGUCCAGUGUCCUCCAGCCACCCUGUGAUUGGUGCAAGCCAAGAGCUCUUAACUAGAAGAAAUUGUAUUGAUGUGUAGAAUCUGAACCCAAACACACUGAGGCCACCCACCAAGGUAGUGACUAGUCUAACCUGCGCUAACAUUAGGGCCCAACCUGUUGGAUAUGUUUAGCUUCCUGUGAACAUUUGUAACCGCUGCUUCAAUCACUUCCCACCUCUUGCCACCUGCUGCUGCAGUCUGUCCUUACUUGUCGGCUUCUCCAUGCUGUGCCAAUGGCUGGCGUUUUCUAUACCUGCUUUUGAGUGUGGUUUGAUAUUUUGUAAUCGAGAGCUCAUUUCAAAAACAGAACAAGGAAAAAAAAUAUUAAAGCAAGGAAAAGUGUCACUGAAACAUAAACUGCACUUUAUUGUUUUAUAUUUUUGUACAUAAUAGAAAUUGAGGGAGUAGUGUAACCAGUAAAAAGUGCUGAAACAACUGACCGUCAUUGACCACGCAGUCCUGGAGGAGGAGACACAGUUACUUGCCCCACCCCGUUAGGGGCUGUCUUACAACCUUGUCCCUGGUCAUUUGGAUUUUCACUUUUUUUCUUCCCCUUCCACACUCCUUUUCCUUGGCCAGGCAUUGUGAUUCCCCCUGUCCCGUAUUAUCACCUCGUUUGAUUGCUCUGCAGUUAGGAAGGCUGUGCCUCCUUGAAUGAUGUUUCAGGGCACAGGAAAUAGGGCCUGUCAGCACCAGGCCUGAGAAAAAUUGGAACUUUCCUUCUCCCGAACAAACCCACAAAUAACAUUGGUUGAGGAAUUUGAAAAGAGAUGGGAGAUAGGGGCCAAAAUACCCUCCACUCACCCCUUUCCCUGUAUUUUUUAGGUUCUGUUCACACCUAAAAUCACAGAGUAUUAGAGUUGAAACAGACUUUAAGUAAUAGCUUAUCUAACUUUGUUUUUCUGCAAAGGACAAUACAAGGCAGAAAGGUAGUGUUGCCUGAGGCCUGUCAGCCUUUUCAGUAGAAGACCUGGGCCAGGUCUCCUAAGUCGCCAUCAGUGUUGUUUUCCCUGCAGGACUGUCUCUCAUUGUUUGCCUUUCUCCUGCCUUUCUGUGCCUGCUUCUUUGUGGCUGUUCACAUCCUCCGGACUGAUUUCAGCACUCCAUCCAUUGGCAUCAGGUUGCGGCACAGUAGCUUUUCAGUGACUUGAAGGUAAAUCCAAAUGCCAAAAUGAAGGAGUAGCUUGUCUGCCCGUAUGCUCCUGCAGCUGCAGUUCUUGAGGCCAGCAGGGUGAAUGCAGAGAUGAAGUGAGCUUGCGGUGUCGCAGAUUCCCUUCAUCCCUCCAGUUCUGAUCUGCCCUUUACUCACGUUAGACACCAAGGCAAAUCGAGAUCAUCGCAGAGGGUCAAGCAGUUCUUGUCAUCUCUCAGAAGACUGGGGCAUGUGAAAUCCCCUCCUUAACACAUUGGGUAUGAUUUGUCAAAGAAUGCUUCGUGCCCCCAACACCAGCUUAUUUAGCAGUGCUCACACAGUUUCAUCUGUGGGCUCUUGUUCCUUUGCCUGGCCCCUUGCCUGGCACCCAGUAUUCAGGGUCCAUGACCAAGACUGCUCUGCUCAAUGUCCUGCUCAAAUCAGAGACACCUCAAAGUCGAGAGGCCUCAAGUUGGACUCAGACCUAUGAGUGAGUCCAAGAGGAGGAAUGGAAGAAAACAAGAGCGAAAGCUAGCCGCCCCACCCCCCACCCUCUCCCCAGCCCUGUAAUGUCUGAAAUGACCCUGAUUCAUACCAGUGCAAAGCGUGGGAGAGGGGAUGCCCAAAGCAGUUCUUAAGCCUUGAGAUUCUCCAAGAGAAAAAUUGUUGGGGUGGGGAAAAAUAUGUCCUGCACUCACCAUACCUCAGGCAUAUGGGGAAUAGGAAGUAACAGAGGAUUGUGUGUGUGAGGUGGGCACGUCAGUGUUGUAUGGUGUGGAAGUGCAGCUGGAUAAAGUUCCCUUGUUGGGGAAUCAUUCAAUGGAGUCAGCUGAACACAAGCAGUGAAGAUAGCACACACUACAGGUACAGUGUCCUCAUCUCAAAGCACACUAGUUCCUGAAGGAAGAGUGUUUAUCAGGGCCAGGAGACAAGACUUUUAUACGAGAUCUGUCCCUCAACCCCCAGAACUAGGCCUUGCUCAGCCUUCCCGCCAAUGAGGGAUAACAGCCUCAGUUCUCAGCUGGCCUGACUGAGCCAAUCUGUGAACACUUUGCUCCCUUGGGGAGGCUGCCAGCCUUUGCACCCCUGAGCAGAAUUACAGAGGGAUUCUGCUUAUUAUAAAAGGACUUCUCUCCUGAAGAGACAGACCUGUUGCUUCCACCGUGGCUUCCAUUUUGGCCCAUUUCAAGCUGGGCUGAAUUGAGGAAGCAGGGUCGAGGUCGCCCUGCUUUCCCGCCUCCUCUGCCUCCGCCUCAGUGGGUCUUUGUAACUGCUGGCUGGCGUCUGUACAGAAGGCAAGGGAAGAGCAAACACACACCCAGAAGUCUUGCUGGUCAGAGAUUGCCUGAGUGUCCUCUCCCAAGCCUGUUCCCGUGUGCCUGUGCUGUGAAGUUUGGGAUGUGGAGAGAAAUGGGGAGGGGGGAGGGGUAAAUGUUGCCCUAAGGGUGCUUGUCAUUCUUUUGUUAUUGUCUGGGAUCUGUCCUGGGGAGGGUGGGGGUUGGGGGAAAGCCUCACCUUGUGUCUUCGUGAAUAAACUCUCAUUUACACAAAAUAAA